UCAUAAGCACAGUCACACUGGGCUUCAAUGCUUCAUCUCGAUUUCCAGGAAGAUUACCAUAUUUUAGUUGACUAAGAAACCCAAUAUCAUCUCACACAAUUUCUACUUUUCUGCUUUGAUUCAUCUCCAUCAAUAAUCAUGUUAGCUGCUACAAUCGAUGGCAAUUAAACUCAUCCCUCCACCUCCUCCUCCAAAGGAUCGUCACAACCAUGCCGCCACUUUGAAUUUCCUGAAAUUCUCUUAGCAACCAAUAACUUUGAUGAAUCAUUAGUAAUUGGGUGUGGGGGUUUUGGAAAAGUUUACAAAGGUAACAUCAUCAACGGACCAACUGUUGUUCUUGCUGCCAUUAAACGGUUGGAUUCCAUGUCAAGUCAAGGGGCAUCAGAGUUCUGGGCAGAAGUUGAGACUCUUUCCAAAUUGCAUCACUGUCACCUUGUGUCUCUGUUUGGUUAAUGUAAUUACGAAAAAUAAAUGAUCCUCAUCUAUGAAUAUAUGCCCAAUGGAACACUUGAAGACGACCUUCAUAAACUCGGCACCCCUCUUUCAUGGCUUCAACGACUCAAGAUCUGCAUCGGAGCUGCUCGUGGAUUAGACUACCUCCACACUGGUACAGGAAUUGAUGUCGGAGUUACACAUCGCGAUGUCAAGAGCUCAAAUAUUUUGUUAACUUAAAGUUGGGCUGCUAGAAUUUCAGACUUUGAGUUGUCCAAAAUAGGCCCAACGAAUCAGCCAUCGACAUAUGUAAACACACUUGUGAAAGGAACUUUUGGGUAUCUAGAUCCUGAUUAUUCCUUCACUGGAAGAUUGACAAGGAAGUAUGAUGUGUAUUCUUUAGGGUAGUAUUGUUGGAAGUGAUUUAUAUGAUGCCUGCGUUGGAUAGGAGUCUUGAUGAAGAGCAACAAAAUUUAGCAAGAUGGGGUCAAGAAAGUAUUAAAGAAGGAAACUUAAAGCAUAUAAUUGAUUCGGGUAUUAAGGGCGAAAUAUCCCAAAAAUGUUUGAAGAAAUUUGUUCAGGUUGUUGAGAUAUGUUUGCGUGGUAAUCCAAAGCAGCGUCCUACCAUGGCUGAGGUUGUGGUCACUCUUGAGUCUGUAAUGACCAUACAAGAGAAAAUCAAUAGGUCGUUACAAGAUGCAGGGAAAACAAUAUUUGGAAGAAUGCUUGAGGUAUAUUUGCACAAUAAUGUAAAGCAUCACCCAAACAUGGCUGAGGUUGCAGUAAAUCUUGAUUUUGUACAAACAUUAGAAGCAAAAAUUAAUAGCACGACCGAUAAGUUUCAUGUCCCUUCCAACACAGAGAACUCUGUAGGGGUAAAAAUGGGAAUAAACAAUGAUGUGACAGAAGCUGAUGAAAGCAAGGAUUUUGUGUCUCCAUGGGGAGAGAACUUUGGUGUAUCAUUCUACAAGCAAGAAUGGAUUGAACAACAUCAGCAUGGCGUGUAUAUAACCCUACGGACUCUCCGUGAUUGAACUAGAGAUCUCAAAAGAGUGCGCUUCAGGUGUAUAUAUAUAUACACACACACACACACACUCUUAAAAAAUAAUAACAAAUGUACCAACACUAAGGUAUACACAUAAAGUCAUGCAUAUCUUUAAAAUCGGGGGAAUUGUAGGAAAUUGUAAUCUACUUUGCUCUUUUGUCAUUAUGUUUUUAUCCAUAAAUGGCACUUUAA